AUGUCUGCUUCGAUUACCACAGACGUUAGCAACUAUGAGGCUAAGGGAUUUGGCGAUUCAAGCCAUACGAUGAAAGCCUUGACCUGGCAGGGGAAGAAUUCGGUCAAAGUUGUGGAGACGGCUCGCCCGAAGAUCAUCGAUGAAGGGGAUGUCAUACUAAAGGUGACGGGCAGCACCAUCUGUGGGAGUGACUUACACCUGUACCACGGGGCCAUUCCAGAUCUGGAGAAAGGUGAUAUUCUUGGCCACGAAUUUUGUGGUAUUAUCGAAAGUAUCGGGCCAGGAGUCAAGACGUGUAAAGUGGGCGACCGCGCUGUGGCGUCCUUCCAAAUUGCUUGUGGGAAGUGUUAUUACUGCCAGAAGAAGUUAUCCUCGAUGUGUGAGCGGACUAAUCUGAGCGAGGAUGCCAAUAAAUUGUAUGGGCGUCGCACAGCCGGCAUGUUUGGAUACUCUCACUUCACUGGAGGCUUUGCCGGUGGGCAGGCGGAAUAUGUUCGCGUCCCUUACGGUGACGUGAACCUCCUUCAUCUGCCUGAUGACGUCCCCGAUGAAAAAGGGCUCUAUCUGUCCGAUGUGUUGGGAACAUCUUGGAAUGCUGUUGUCGACACUGGAGUUGAGGACGGUGACACUGUGGCAAUCUGGGGAGCCGGCCCGGUGGGUCAAAUGGCAGCUGAAUUCAGCUUCUUGAAUGGUGCUAAAAGGGUUAUUCUCAUUGACGGUGGCCCUGGGACAUGGCGACUGAACUUCGUUAAGAAGAUUUUACCCAAGCUAGAGACAAUUGAGUAUACCAACCUCCCACAGGGCGAAUCUGUGGCCUCGACGCUGAAGAAAAUGUGCGACGGGCGCGGACCUGACGUGGCGAUUGAAUGCGCUGCUGGAGAGUAUACCAAAGGAUGGGUUCAUUACUUUGAGAGGCUGCUAGGUAUGGAAACGGAUACGUCUGAGCUCGUCAACGAGAUGAUUACCUCUGUCCGUGGGUACGGGCGCUGUGGUAUCACGGGCGUAUAUGCUGGUUUCUGUAAUCACUUCAACAUCGGUUCCUUGAUGGAGACAGGAAUCAGUCUUCAUGGCAAUGGGCAAGCCCCUGUCCAAAAAUAUUGGAAGGACCUCUUGAAGUAUAUUCAGGAAGAUAAGAUCAAACCUCUGCAUAUGGUCACCCACCGGUUCAAGCUCGAAGACAUGGAGACCAUCUAUGAUUUAUUCAAUAAGCGUGACCCAGGUAUGCAGAAGAUUUUCGUUCAAACAAAGUUCUCCUCGCCCCCAGCACCAGGAGCGCCCGCGUUAACAGAACUCUGA